GGACCGGCAGGCGCCGUCCUACCGCUACUACCGCAUGAUCGAGGUAAUUAUACAUAAUACAAGUUCUAAACUGCCGGAGCUGUAUCAGAUCGAUGACUAUGACCGCUGUCUCUCCCGGCCCGGAGCUCUGUACUGUGCGGGCACGUUCCGUCUGACUGCGGAUCGGCAGGCGCCGUCCUACCGCUACUACCGCAUGAUCGUGAAAUAUUCAUCGGAGCCCCGUCACUUCAAUCGGACUCUGCUGCACCGCGGGUACUGCCUCAGCAGCCGCUGUCCAGACCUCGCCAACGCAACCCAUGGAGACUGGUUCAGCGGAUGUGCACAGAUGCAAGAAGAGUCUCUCGGACUGAAGUUAGACCUUCAGUCCUACCACUGCAGGCAUAGUGAUCACAACCAACUGCACUGCUAG